UCCGGGUUCAAGCAAAGUGAACUUUGUUUUUGUUGUAUUGGACUGCGGUAGGCCUACUUGGUAGCCUACUGGUGUGUGUCACUUUUGUCAGACAGUUGAGACAGAGAACGAUAAGGAAGAGCUGGAACUGUCAUGGCAAGUGGGAGUCCGAGGACAAGAAGGCAGCAGAAGCAGCGAGAAUCAGAGAGAAGGGGCAGUGACCAUGUCGUGGACAGUGAUGAGGAGGACAAUUUGACAUCUGAUGACUCGGACUCUGAUGACAGCAGGUCGACCUUUCCCGGCAGCAGGCACACUAAGAGUGCCACUCAAAGUUCACCGGAGUUUUCUGACCUGAGCAGUACCUCACCACUUCACAGAAAAUCUUUGGACAGAUCUUCACCACGUGGCGAACGAUCUACUUGCUCUUCUAAAUCACCUAAAAAUAUAAAUAGUUCAUCUUCAAGUGCUCGUCAUACAGAGUCUGAAGCUCCUUCAAGUGGAACUGCUGUUUGGGUCUUGAUGGCUAUCCUUGGGUUUUUAUGUCUGUUUAUCUGCUGCUUGUCUGGCAGGAGUGAAACUGAAGUGUUUGACGAAGGUUUAAUGCCUUUUGAGAAAUUUUUGAAAGACAUAGAAAGUUUGGAGAAGGCCUUUCCUGCUCAAGGCAGACGAACAUGGAAGACUGUCAAGGCCACAGCCAAACAUGUUCUGAAUGAAACUGACCCCAUCUACCCCAGCAUCAUUCUAAUGGGGGUUGAAACUGGAAACUCAAAACUGGCUUCGUGCAUUGCCAGUGAGAUUGCUUCCCGCUUUGAGUCCAGUCUGGGUCAAAGUCCAGCCGGGAGGAAAACGGAUAUAGGGACAUACAAACAUCUGAGUCCGGCAGAGCAGAAGAUGAAACUAGAUGAAGCAUUUCUGGGAGCAUUCCACAACAGCGGCAGCAAGUCACUUUUGGUGGAGAACCUACAGCUGCUGUCUGGGGAAGCUGCUCUACUGCUGCAUGGUUACUGCGACAAUGAUAAUGCCCCAUACAAAAAUGUCUUUAUUCUGUUGAUGGUUAAUAUCAGCCCAGGGGAGAUGGUGCUGGAUGUGGGCCGGCCGUCAAAUGUUGAGGCUUAUCUGGCUGACAUAUGGGGGAAAGGCAUCGAUGUGGACAAGGUAAAUGCUCUUAUGAGUAGGGUCGCCAAUAAUGUUGUUGUGGUAACGAGAGAAGGGGAGGAUGUGUUCAAAAACAAAUGUAUGAUUUGAAAUAUGAUCCAAGUUGCAAGCUUUUGUAUCUUGUUUUGAUGAAGCCCAAAAGUUCUGUUAAAAUUAAAAUCAUUGACUCUCCACUCUAAUUAAAGGGAAUUGUGCUGAAAUUGGGUGAUCUUCCUUUUACUGCAGUCCUUUGUGACCAUUAGUUACCUGUUGUGCAUAAAGAGGCAGGGAGAAAGAGAGAGAGACGUGAGAGAGAAAGAGAGUGAGAGAAAGAGAGAGAGAGAGAGAGAGAGAGAGAGAGAGAGAGAGA